AUGCGUGCCGGAGCCAAGCGGUCGCAUUGGAUAUGGUACAUCUUCCCCCAGCUGACCGGCGUCGCAUCCAGCCCGACAACCACCUGUGUCAGGUACGCCGUGCGCAGCCUUGCCGAGGCGGUCGAGUACCUACGCCACCCGGUGCUGGGGGUGCGGCUGCGCGAGAUUGUGGAGGUCGUGGCGGCCAGCGCGACGAGCACGGCCGCAUCGUUGAUGGGUAACGCUGUGGACGCGCUCAAGCUGAAGAGCUGCAUGACGCUGUUUCGGCGGGCGGAGGAGGUGCUGUAUGCGGAGAGGGGGUAUGUUUUGACGUGGAGGGAGGAUAGGUAUCUGGCGGUGCUGAAGAAGUAUUAUGGUGAGGAGUGUCAGAGGACGGUUCAAAUGCUGGGAUGA